AUGGCUACAACUGCUUCGUCUUCAAUCAACAGUAUUCAACCACAAAAUUAUGAUUAUUUUCUAGUACUCGAUUUUGAAGCCACCUGUGAAGCAAAUCAAAAAUUACAACCAAGUGAAAUCAUCGAAUUUCCUGUUCUCAAAAUAAAUGGUCGUACAUUCGAGUGUGAAUCUAUUUUUCAUACUUAUGUACAACCGACAGUUCAUCCUCAAUUAACGCGUUUCUGCACAGAUCUUACUGGCAUUACUCAGUCGAUGGUGACUGAUCAGCCAAUACUAGAAGAAGUUCUUAAACGUUUCCAUACUUGGCUCACAGAUGAAAAUCUUCUUUCCGAAUCCACUCGAUUCAUUUUUGUCACUUGUGGUGAUUGGGAUCUGUAUACAAUGCUUCCGAAGCAGUGUAAUUAUUUUCAACUUUCAAAAGCUGAUUAUUUUAAACAUUGGAUUAAUAUUAAACGAUCAUUCCACGAUGUAGCAGGGUCUACCGAACGUAUAGAUAUGAUGGAAAAGUUGAGCGGAUUGAAUAUUUCCCAUGCAUGA